GCGCAAUUGCUGCAAAACACGCACAUCGCAAUGUUCUUAUUCCGACGCGCAUGUGUCUCGCAAGACGCCAACAGAAAGAAUUUCCUUUCCUCCCUCUCUCUUUUUUAUUAGCUACUGGCAAAGAGAUUUCGAAUGACGGAUUUUUGAAGGGUAAGUUGGACUGGUUAAUCAUUUCUACUACAAGAUUACGCAUGGAGAAAUACAGUAAUUCCUUAUAUUCUCUUCCAUUUAAAAGGAUCAAAUUCUUAAGAAAAAACUCGGAUUAUGAGUUGAAUCUGAUAGGAUUUUUACUCCCUCCAAGUAAUCCAUAUAUUAGAAAAUUGUAUGCGAAAACAAAGCGCCAUGCCGGUGAGGUCAUACCCCGUAAAAUCAGCCUGGCAUGGAUGACGAAAGUGGGUGUUGUGAAUAACCUGGUCAGCGAGAUGGAUGCUGAUGAAGGUUUUAGACAAGCUGCAGGGUCUAAGGUCACAUUGAAUGCACAAGAAUACAAAGAUUUUCUAAUCGAUUUGACCAUUCGCAAGAAACUUCCUUUUUAUGAAAUCUAUCGUCGAAUGUGCGGUUUGUAGAAGCAUCCUAGGUAAUGUGAAGAAACAGCAAAUGUAAUUACUGCAGAAAUGUCUACAAUUGUUCGUGGUUUCAAAAUAAAUGGAAGUUUAAAAGAAAA